CGGUUUUGCGCUGCGAAGCUCUGAAGAACAUCUCUGACAAGUCAGCACGGUACACGACUGCAGCGCGAGCGCAACUAGACAGCGGUUAUUAUUAUAAUUAUUUUCUGUUUACUGCAAUUAGUGCAACGCACGCGCCAGAAAGAGAGAGAGAGAGAGUGUGAAUGUGAGUGAAUGUGAGUGAGUGAGUGAGUGAGUGAGUGCGUGAGUGAGUGCGUGUGCGCGCGCGUGAUGAUGGAGUUCUGGGCUGUGCUCGCGCUCUCCCUGCUGCUCGGGGCGCUCCUCGCGCUCGUGUUCGCUGCUGUUUCUAGGAAAAACGAAGGAUCCGAUCAAACCGAUCAGAACAAACCGCCACCAACAGCAGCGCAACCAGAAGAGAGCUCAGUGAAAGCUCCCUCCUCUAAGAAGCUCAAACAGCAGCAGCGGAAGGAGAAACUCCAGCAGCACACGUUCUCCCACCACCUCCUCGCAUCCUCGCUGAAGAGUCACAGUGGCAGCGUAACGUGUCUGGAUUUCAGCAGUAACGGUAAAUAUCUGGCCUCCUGCGCAGACGACCGCACCGUCCGCAUCUGGAGCACCAAAGACUUCCUGGAGCGUGACCAUAAAUGUCUGCGGGCAAACAUAGAGCUGGACCACGCCACGCUCGUCCGGUUCAGCCCAGAUUCUCGUGCCUUCAUCACCUGGCUGGCCAACGGGGAGACGAUUCGUAUCUUCAAGAUGACGAAGAAGGAGGACGGCACGUUCAGUUUUAAAGCUGCUCCGGAGGAUUUUCCCCAGAGACACAAAGGGAUCGUCAUCAACAUCGGAAUCGCGGAGACAGGCAAGUUUAUCAUGACCGCGUCUGUGGACACCACCAUCCUGAUCUGGGAUCUGAAGGGGGAAGUUUUAGCGUCCAUCAACACCAACCAGAUGACCAACUCGUACGCUGCUGUUUCCCCCUGUGGACGGUUCGUGGCCUCCUGUGGCUUCACUCCAGAUGUGAAAGUGUGGGAGGUUUGCUUUGCCAAGACGGGCGAGUUUAAAGAGGUCACUCGCGCUUUUGACCUGAAGGGUCACUCAGCCGGAGUUUAUUCCUUCGACUUCUCCAACGACUCCCGCAGGAUGGUGACGGUGUCUAAAGACGGGACGUGGAAGCUGUGGGACACCGAUGUGGAGUAUAAGAAGCAGCAGGACCCCUACCUGCUGCGGACUGUUCCCUGUCAGGUUUCGGAGGGGAGCCGGAUCGCUCUGUCUCCGGACGGCCGCGCCGUGGCCGUAUCUAGCGGCCGUGACGUGGCCGUGUACAGUGCCGUGUCUGGCCAGCUUGAGGAGGAGUUUCACAGCGUCCACAGCGAGGACAUAACUGACCUUAAGUUUGACGUUAAUAACCGUUUCCUGGUCUGUAGCGGCGACCGCGCCAUCCGCGUCUUCCACAACAUCACUGGCUACCGCGCCGCCGUCCAGGACAUGCAGGCCAUGCUGAAGAAGGCCGCGAACGACGGAGUGAGGCAGAGGCUGCAGCAGCAGCUGCUGGACGCACAGAAAGCCUUGGACGCCCUGCUCAGCACACAGAAGAGCUGAGGAGGCGAAGACUCACCUCGGUCCCGCACUGCCUUCAUUUACAGGAGUACAGGCCUGUUGGUUUUGUGUUUGCAGUUGAUUUGUUUUGGCGUCUUGGUUUUAAUAAAUAAAUCAGUCCAAAAUGA